AUGAAUAUGCAUGGUUCUAUUGGUUUUUGUAAGAAUGGUAAAUGGUUGGGUACUGCGUUUCAAUUUGAUGUCGAUGCUAUUGGUCUUGGAGGGGUGGAUUCUUGUUUUUCGAAGGCUGCACUUUUUCCGCAUGCUCUAUUGAAAAAUGUUAUUGUUCAGAUGCAGUUCAGUGUUGAACAAGGACUUGUUCCUCCCGAAGGGUUUAGACCUUGGGCCUUGGCUGGUGCAGAUGGAAACAUGGAUAUGGGACCUUUGCUUUCUGAUCCAAAAGAUUGUGAAUUGAUGAUAAUGAUGGUGGGAUUACCGGCAUCAGGUAAGACUACAUGGGCUGAAAAAUUGAUGAAAGAUCACCCGGAAAAGCGUUAUGUUUUGCUUGGCACAAACUUACUUCUUGAACAGAUGAAGACGAAUGUGUACAAAACUGCACGCAAGUGUAAGCUAAGGCCAUUUUCCGAUUAUCAAAAGAUUGCUGUUGUCGUGUUUCCAAAGCCAGAAGAGCUCAAGAGACGGUAUGAAAAAGGAUCUAAAGAAAUGGGCAAAGAAGUUCCAACUAAUGAGUUGAGUAAAAUGAUAGCUAAUUAUGUUGUACCUAAAAGCAAGGAUAUGCCUUAUGCAAAUGAGUAUUUUGAUAUGGUUUUGUUUGUAGAACUGAACCGAGAUGAAUCUCAGAAAUAUUUGGAUCAGAUGAAGCAAGAUAUUCCAUCUCUACCCAAUAACAGCCCGUCAACUGCAUUGCCAAAUCAAGGAAGUUUGAAAGGUUUAUAUCUACUCACAGUUAGGUCACCCUCUCCUCGUGGACUUUAUUCCAACAACGAAGCAUCUCAUUUUCCUGGAGGGAAUGCUGGUUACAGUCAAACUUAUAAUGCCGUUUCUACAUGUGAUAUCAGGACUUAUGGAAAUGCUGUUUUGGGUAGCCAAUACAGGCCAAGCAUUGCACAGGGCGAUAUGGGUUUUCAUGGAAGACCUUAUGUUGAAUACAAAGAUUUCCAGCCUGGCCAGCAUACACUUGCAGCAGCCACAUGCAAGAUUGUUAUUGCCAAGUGGAACAACUAUGGAUAUCUGUUUGUGUUAGUUUUCUCAACACUCACUACCAAAUGA